AUGUCAUACGAAGUUGGCCUUUAUAGGGUGAUGGGUUCUCUCGAGGGCAUUUAUUCACGAUCUAGGUACCUACAUAACUUCUUGCCGAAACGACUGACCACGAAGCGCUCAACAGGUUAUGAAAGAAACAGACAUAGAGACAUGAAGCACACCUCAUACACAGUGCUCCCUGCACUAUUGAUCACUACUCUCCUUCUAAACCCAGCCCAAGCCAUCCAGUGUUCAUCUUGCGAGGGCCCGCCAACCUUCCAAGAAGAAUAUCGAACCAACUACAUGCCCAAAGUCAUCAAAACAUGGUACGGCCUCCAAGUCCUAGCACCAGAUACUCCCUACGUCGCUGUCGCAGGCUCAGAUAAGCUCUACUUCAUCGACACCCGCCUCGACACCGAAACCGCAAAACACGUAAAGCAGAACAUUGAGAUGGCCACUAUCCCAAGGGAAGAUGGGUACAUUUCCAUAGACGAGAUUGAGGUUACGGCAGAAGUUAAGAAUACUGCUGGCGAAACGAUGUUUGUGUUUGAUCCGGAAUAUGCUAGGGUAUUUUUUGCGGAGCCGAUGAAUAGGCGGAAUCCAGACCUCAAGUUGCCUGAGCCUGAGCCUGCAGGGGACUGGUUGGUGACUUAUGAUCUUGAGAGCAUAGUGGAAACGGAAUCUUGAUAUAGCACUAUGUGUCGACACGGCUGUAUCCGUUGCAUA